AUGGCUCUUACUUCAUCAUUUCAUACAAUGUCAACUGGUUCCGGUUCAUCAUCAUCAAAUACAUUUCUAUUGCCUAAAACUGAUAUAAGUGUAGCUGAUAAUCAAUUAAUUGAUAUACUUUUAAAUGGUCAAAAUAAUGAACAUAAAAUUCAAAUAGUUAAUCGGUGGUGUAAAAAUUCACGACGUAAUCGUUUAUCAACUAUACUUGAUGUUUCACAAAGACAUGAUGUUUUAUCAUCUCUAGUAAAUACUCUACAACAAACAACAAAUACGGAAUAUCAAUAUAAUUGUUUAACAUUAUUAUCUGAACUUCAAACAAAUAUUCAUCAUUAUGAUCAACGUAUUUAUCUACCAGCAAUUAUUCAAUGUUUUUCAUCAACAUCAAAUGAUGUACAAUUAUUAGCAGGACAAUUAAUAAUAAAACAAAUUCGUAUAACACAAGAUAUUCCAACAUUUUUAUUUCUUUAUACACAAGAAGGUUUAAAAUCUUCUAAUAUAAAAUUACGUAUUAAAUCUAUUCAAUUAUUAAAUGAAUUAUUAACAAAUACACAUCAAUAUGAAAAUUUAUCACCUAUAUUUGAAAUACUUCUUCAAUAUUUACAAGAUAAUACAUUUCGUUCAACAUAUAAUGAUAUUCUUAUUAAUUCAAUACAACAUAUAAAACGUAUAUUAGGUUCAGAUUUAUUAAAUAAUUAUCUUGAAAAAUAUUCAUCUUCAUUAAGACGAACAUAUAAUACAUAUAUAUUACAAAAACAUGAUGAUGAAUUACAAAUUAUAAAUAUUGAUACUGAUUUAGAUGAUGAUGAUGAAACACCACGUGCAUCAAUGCAAACAUCACAAAUUAAAGAUAAAAAUAUACAUUCCAAUACAGGAACUAAUAAUGUUCGUUCACAUGGUAAUAAUCAUCCUGAUAAUUCUCAUAAUAUAUUUUCAACACGAAAACUUCCUGUUACAUCUCAAUCAUCAAUUACAACACCUAUAACAAAUGAAAAUUCAGAUUUUGAUACAAUUGUUGAAUUAAUACGUUCAAAAUGGUUAUCAGCUAAUGAUACAAAUCGUUUAAAUUAUCUUGAUCAAUUUAAACAAGCAUGUGAUAAAUCUUUACAAUUAAUACGUUCACAAUAUUUAUCAACAACAAAUAAUUCACAAUUUCAUCAAACAUUACAUACAUUUUUAACAACUAUACUUGAUCUUUUAUCAUAUAUAACAUCAUCAAAUCUUGAUUUAUCAAUUAAAAUUAAACUUGUUUUAUGUACAUGUCUUGGUUGGCUUAUAAAACAUGCACAAGUUAGUUAUUGUAAAAGAAAUUAUAAAACAAUUUGUAUAAUAUUUAAAAAUAUUCUUCUUAAUGGACAAUCGAAUAAUCGACAAUUAGCAAAAUUAAGUGUAAGUCUUAUAUUAUUACUUGAAAAUUUUGUUCAACCUCAACUUAUUCUUAAUGAAUUAAUUGAUGAUAAUUUUGAACGUUUUAAUUAUCGUAUUCAACUUGAAAUGCUUGCUAUUAUAACAGCAACAUUAUUAAAAUAUCGUCAACAUAAUUAUGAUAAUUUAACAAAACUUUCAAAAUAUCUUUUACCAAUGUUAAUAUCAAAUCGUCGUGAAUUACGUCAUGGAGCUAUUGAAUGUUUUACUGUUAUAUGUAGUUAUUUUAAUACAUAUAAACCAAUAACAUUAUCUAUAAUUGAAACAAAUCAAUCAAUUAAACUUGUUUUAACAUUAAUUGAAAAUUUAUCAUCUGAUGCAUUAAAUGCAUUACGUUUUCGUUUACAACGUAAUUUACUUCCAUUAUUAACUGAUGAAGGUAAUAUAACACCAGGUUUAGUAUGUGAUUCAACAACGUUGAAUGAUAUCGAUGCAAAAUUUAUUUUACUUGUCAAUAAUACAAUAUCAACACCACAACCAACAACAGCAACAUCUGUUGAACCACCAUCAUCAACAAAAAUAACACCAACAAAUAAAUUACUUCAAUUACCUAUGCCUUUUGCUGAAACAACAACAACAAAAACAAAUAUAGAUGAUGCUGUAAUGCGUAAUCAUGAAAUACCUCCAUUGAAACCAUCUGAUGUUGAUCGUGAUUUACAUCGAUUCACUAGUACUAAUCAUCGUUAUGAAACGCCAAUAAAUCCAACAGUUGUUACUACUCAUACACCCGGUGGACCAACGUUGGAUUUAACGAUAACUGGAAAUAAUAGUUAUCGUCCAUUAACACUUACUGAAAAAGUAUUUACAGAUGAAUGGGCAAAAAAAUUAUCAACAAAUAAUAAUCAUCCAAAUGAACCAAUCAUAACUAGUCAACAACAAGAAACUAAUUAUAACAAUACACUUCAAUUUCGUCCAUCUAUACCACGUCGUCCAUCACUUAGUCGAUUUCCAAUAGCACAUAAUCUCUUAACUACAUCACAAGUUCAUAGUCAUCAAGAACCACAACAACAAAUUCAAUCAAAACGUCAAUUUGAUUCCGAAAUUGAUCAUGAUGAAGGUAUCGAUAGUGCAAUAGAAUCACGUUCUCUAUCGAUUAAUACAUUAGACGAUACUAGUGUACCUGAGAACGAUCAUAAGCAAUCAAAAAAACCUGUUCGAUCAGUACAUAGCAGUUCAACACGACGUAAAAUCGAUCGAUUAUUUAGUAACGGUAGUGAUAUAGAUCCAACAUCAGCACGUACUUUAACACCUGAAAAUAGCAACGAAAGUGGUGUUUAUUCACAAUCAGGACGUGAAAUUGAAAACGAUACUAACGGAAGUACAAAAUCUACACAAUCAAUUGGUAAAGAUCAAUUAUUUUCAACUAAACCACGUCUUGCACGUUCUGGUUCGAAAUCUAAACUUGAUAAAUCCCAAUUACCACCAACAGAUCCAUCAUUAUCAUCUAGACAAAUACAUGAUUAUAAUUCAAAUGGGAAAAAUACAAAUCGUACAACAAAUACAAAUGUUGAAAUAAUUGGUAAAAAUUAUAUUGAUACAAAAAUGCCUUUAAAACAAUUUUCAAUUGAAACUAUAGAUGAUAAACAAUCAACUGAAAAUAAAUCUCGAACAAAAAUUACUAAAGCUUCUGUUAUUCAUGGUCCUUUGAAUACAACAACACAUACAAACGUUAACCUUGACAACGGAUCUAAUCUUAAUGAUGAACAAGAUAUUGGAAUUAUUGGUAAAGCUGUUAAUAUUCCAUUACGUACACGUCCUGAAACAGAUAUAACUAAAAUACAAAAUACAAAUACAAUGAAUAAAAAUAUAAAUAAACCAAAUGACAAUGUCGAUAUGAUAUCUGAUGAAUAUGAUAGUGAUUCAAAAGAAAAUGAAAAUUUUAUUGAUAUGGGUCAAUCUUUAUCAGCUUCAUUUCGUUUACGUGUUCAACAAAAAACUCAGGAAAAAAUUGAACAAAAAGAACGUCGUCGACAAGAUCGAGAAUUUCGUCGUCGUCAAUUACAACUUCAACAAUAUAAUAAUAUAAAUCAUAUUGACAAUAUGUAUGAUAAUGAUCUUCCAACAUCAUCAACAUCAACAAGUCGUUAUUCAUCUCAACCAGAUCUUUCAUCCAAUGGUAAUGAUUUACCUCCAACACCUCGACGUCAAAUUGAUUCCAAUAUAACUUCAAUAUUACCCAAUGUUCUUUCACAACAACGUUUUCGUGUAUAUAAAAAUGCUAUGGCUCGAUCUCAAACAUUUAAUAAUCGACAUGAUUUAUCAACAACAGAUCAACGUAUUGCAUUUAAUCGACCAUUAUCAGAAGAUCGAAUAAGUGAUCAAUUAAGAAAUCCUGAUGGUGUUUAUAGAGAAGCUAUGGAAUCUGUUUCUAGUGAUGAUUGGGAACGUAAAUGUUCUGGUCUUAGUUUACUUCAACGUCUUAUUGCACAAUAUCCUGAUAUAAUAACACAAAAUUUACAUCAAGUUGUUUUAGUACUUAUUCAAGAAGUAAAAAAUCUUCGAUCACAAGUUGCACGUUUUGCAUUAUCAACAUUUUCUGAUAUGUUUAAACAUUUAAAACGUAAUAUGGAUAUUGAACUUGAUAUAACUGUUAAAGCUAUUAUGCAAAAAAGUGCAGAAAGUAAUGAAUUUUUUAGAACCGAUGUAGAAAAGUGCCUUCAAAUUUUGAUUGAAAAUGUCACACUUCAAAAAGCAUUACAAGCCCUCAUAGCUGGUGGAGCAAGUCAUCGUAAUCCGGCUGUAAGAAAAACAUCAGCAAAAUACAUCUAUAUUGUUUGUGAAAAAUUGGGUCCCAAUAAAAUAUUAAGUGGUGCUCGUGAUAUAACAGAACGUGUUUUACAAGUCGCAGCUACAUUUGCAUCAGAUGGACCACCAGAAAUUAGAUGGUAUGGUAAAAAAAUUUAUCAUAUGUUAAUGUCUUUUGAUGAACUUGAUUCAUUAAUGAAACAUUAUCUUAAUCCAACAGUUUAUUCAAAUAUGUGUGAAAUUCUUGAUAAUAUUCGAGCUAAAGGUGGAGUUGGUGAAACACCGAGUGAAUCAGCAACAAAAAAUGGUCGACGUACAUUAUCGGAUAAAAUACCUUCAAAUGGAACAUUAACAAAUCAUUUUUCAUCAACACGUAAAAUAAAUAGUGCUGAUCAAACGGAACAAGUUCGUAAUUUAACAAAACAAAUGCGUAGUUCAGAUUUUCGUGAACGUUUAAAUGGUAUUGAAGAAUUUCAAAAAUUAUGUGAACUUGAAACUGAAACAGCUAUACAAUCACUCGUACAAAUUUUUGAUGGUUUUAAUGAAUGUUUAGCUGAUAUGAAUUCAAAAGUUGUUUUAAAAGCAUUAAAUACAAUGCAUCAACUUAUACCAAUCUUAGGUGAUGCAUUAUCAAAUGUUAUUAAUUCAGCAUUACCAAUUGUAGCACAAAAUAUUGCAUCAAAAAAUCGAGAUAUAUCACAAUUUGCUUCGGAUAUUAUUGAUACAGCUAUUGAAUAUAUUGAUAGCGGUUGUCUAUUACAACCACUUUGUACAUUAAGUCAAAAUAGCAAUCUACGUGUUCGACCAGAAAUUGUUCUUAAAUUAGCUACUCUUGUUCCACGUGUUUGUCAACGUAAACCUAAACAAGUUGAACUUCAUCUAUUACCAACUUAUUGGAAAUUAUUAGCAUUAUUACGUGGUCAAAAUACUACUGGAAUAAUAUCAUCAGGUGGUGGUUCAAAUAGUUUAAAUUCUUCAAUUCAUAUAUUAACAACAGCACUCUAUACAGAAUUAGGUUCUGUAUUACUUGAUAAAGCAAGUUCAAGUUCAAUGGUAACACCAAAAAAUUUACAAGUACUUCGUGAACUUUGCACAAAUAUUGAUGCUGUGUGA